UUGUCAUACUUCGCAAUACGACUCAUCUACCCCAAAAAAAGGCUUUAGGCCAAACAGAAAAACGACCUAAAGCCAUGUUUAAAGCUUAGCAGUUCUCCACAUAUAUUUAAAUAUAUCUGUAUAUUAAAAGAUUACCCCUUUAAGAAAAAAGAAAAAAGAAGUUAUAUAUAAUUUGUUUUUCUGUGGGAAAAAAAGGGGUAAUCAAAUAAAAUGGAGACGGCUAGGCUUUUCAAAUUAGUGUGUGUGAUUUGUAUUGCCAGUUUGAUUCCGACCCUACGAGCCAAUGUUGCGGAGACUGAUGAGUAUUGGGUAAAUAAGGCCAAUGAAGCUCGUAAACAAUCCCUUAUGGCUUAUCAUCCCGACCCUUAUGAUAUCGUCGACCACUUCCACGAGCGUCAUUACGACAACUCUACUGAUGUUGAUGGGACGGAGGAAGACGAGGCGGUAGCAUCCGCGGAAGAGGAAGACAUUGAAAUGAUUUCUGGUCCGACGAACAGCACAAGGCGGAGCCUAACCGGUAGAGGUAAAGGAAAAGGAAAGGGAAAAUGGAGCAAGCUAAAGGGACCUUGCACCGCAAGCAACCCUAUCGAUAAAUGCUGGCGUUGCCAGCCUGAUUGGGCUAAGCGUCGCAAGAAGCUCGUCCACUGCGUCCGUGGUUUUGGCUACAGGACCACUGGAGGCAAACUCGGGCGCAUCUACGUGGUCACGAGCAACAGAGACGAUGAUAUGGUGAUGUUGCUUGGCGCACAAGACCACAACCAAGAUGACAAGAGGAUGCAAGUCACAGUGGCUUACAACCAUUUUGGUAAAGGGCUUGUGCAGAGGAUGCCGAGGAUCCGAUGGGGUUUCGUCCAUGUUGUCAACAACGACUACACUCAUUGGGAGCUAUACGCCAUCGGCGGUAGCCAAGGUCCUACCAUUCUCAGCCAUGGAAACCGUUUCAUCGCUCCUCCUCACAAACCUCACUACAGAGAGGUGACAAAGAGGGAUUAUGCUCCAGAAGGCGUGUGGAAAAACUGGAACUGGAGAUCAGAAAAAGAUUAUUUCAUGAACGGAGCAUAUUUCAGACAAUCUGGGAAUCCAAGAUUCAAGUGUUCACACUCAAGACAACAGAUGAUAAAACCCAAACAUGGAGUGGCCGUUUCAAAGCUUACCAAAUACGCCGGAGCAUUGGAUUGCCGGGUCGGAAAACCAUGCUAAUAAUAUAACUCACUAAUAUUUUUUCUCUUGUAUCUAGGCCAGGAACUAAACAGCAAAUCUUUUAUAAAAAAAAAAUUAUGGGGUAAAACUGGAAGUAUAAACUAAUUUUUUUAUGAAUGAGGUUCAUAAAUGCGAACGGCUGGAGAUACUUUGUAAUUUUAUCUUGUUUCUGUAUUCCAUUUUGUUGUGUAUGUUGUUUGGUUGUGCUCGUCAUAAUUUUAACUAUUUUGUUUUUGGGGACCGGGCAACUAUGAUAUACCAAUGAAAAAAAACAGAACAAGGAUUUUGCAAAAAUUCAUAUAUGGAUCAUUUUUUUUAAACCAACCGUAUUAUCGAUUUCCCAAACCAAUAAUAGUCAUUGACCUUUUUCCGUACAGGUCUGUAAUUAAGCACUAAUACUCCAUGAACUUUUAAA